GCGUGGCUAUAUAUAAGGCGGGUCUCGAGGUGCGCGUAGCACCCCGUGGGUCUCCGCGGGAGAAGUCGAGGGCCUGUCGCGGUUGUUCGACGUGAAUCCAAGAUUUCAGAUCGCCGUUGCCAAUUGAACUCUUGAGCGCCAUGAAGGUGAAGAAGCUGUCGCUGCUAAUGGCCUUGGCUGUACUGACGCAGCUGCCGCACGUGUCGGGAACUGAAGACGAUGAUAUAAACGAAGCAGUCAAAGCUGAUGAUGGUGACGACGACACUGAUGACGGAGAGGAGGAUGUAACGGCAGUGAAGGAAGAGAAUGGAGUCUUGAUUCUUAAAGACCUUAAUUUUGACUUUUUUGUUGCUGGCAAAGAUACAGUGUUGUUGGAAUUCUAUGCUCCAUGGUGUGGCCAUUGCAAGGAGUUCGCUUCCGAGUAUGAAAAAAUAGCGAAGGAACUCGCGGAAAACGAUCCCCCCAUUCCCGUAGCCAAAGUGGAUGCUACGGUUGCUGUGCACUUGGCAGAGCGCUUCAGCGUCAGUGGCUAUCCCACCAUUAAAAUCCUCAAGAAGGGCCAGGCCGUAGACUACGACGGGGAUCGCACUCAGGAUGCCAUCAUUGCGAAGGUGAAAGAAGUGGCAUCGCCUGACUGGAAACCACCCCCUGAGGCUGUGCUGACUCUGACGGAGAGUAACUUUGACGAGAUUGUGAACGAUGCAGACAUCAUCCUGGUGGAGUUCUAUGCCCCCUGGUGUGGCCACUGCAAAAAACUUGCCCCAGAAUAUGAAAAGGCAGCACAAGAGCUCUCAAAGAACACGCCACCAAUCCCCUUGGCCAAGGUGGAUGCCACGGUUGAGUCUGAGCUCGGAAAACGGUUUGGCGUGAGUGGAUACCCCACACUCAAGCUCUUCCGGAAGGGCAAAGCGUAUGACUACAAUGGGCCCCGGGAGCAAUAUGGUAUUGUGAGCCACAUGAUUGAGCAAGCAGGCCCUGCUUCCCAGGAGCUCAAGUCUAUGAAACAGCUGAAUGGUUUUGUCCAAAAUGGUGAUGAUGUGGUCAUUCUGGGUGUGUUCAAGAAUGAGCAGGAUGUUGCUCUUCAGCUCUUCCAAGAAACCGGUAACAAUGUCAGAGAGGAAUUUAAGUUUUACCACACAUUUGAAGAAAAUAUUAAGAACCAUCUCAAAGCUGUGGAUGGGCAGGUGGUCGUGCUGCAUCCUGAGCGUUUCCAAUCCAAAUAUGAACCCAAGCAGUUCACAUUUGACAUCCAGGCGGACUCAACAGAUUCUGACCUCAAGGCUUUUGUGGAAAAGCAUUCGGUACCACUUGUGGGUCAGCGCAAGCCCUCGAAUGAAGCCAAGCGUUAUGCUUCCAGACGGCCCCUUGUCGUUGUCUUCUAUGGCGUGGAUUUCAGCUUUGACUACCGCACAGCCACACAGUUCUGGCGUUCCAAGGUGUUGGAGGUGGCAAAGGACUUUCCCAAAUUCACUUUUGCCAUCGCGAGUGAAGACGACUAUUCAAAAGAGCUGAGUGACCUGGGACUAGCAGAGAGUGGUGAGGAAGUAAAUGCUGCAAUCCUUGAUGCCUCGGGCAAAAAGUAUGCCAUGGCACCAGAGGAGUUUGAUGCAGAUGUACUGCGCGACUUUGUGAUCUCAUUUGAGAAAGGCAAGCUGAAGGCAGUGGUGAAAUCCCAACCCUUGCCCAAGUCCAACAAGGGCCCUGUGAAGGUGGUAGUAGGGCGGACAUUUGAGCAGAUGGUUUUGGACAACAGCAAAGAUGUGCUCAUAGAAUUCUAUGCACCAUGGUGUGGCCACUGCAAAAGCUUGGAGCCUAUCUACAAGGAUCUAGGGAAGAAGUAUAAAGGUCACAAAGGACUCGUUAUUGCCAAGAUGGAUGCAACAGUUAACGACAUCCCUCACGAUUCCUACAAAGCAGAGGGUUUCCCUACCAUAUACUUCUCCCCCAGCGGAGCCAAGGAUCGGCCCAUAAAGUUUGCAGAUGGUUCACGUGACCUGGAGUCGCUGAGCAAAUUCAUUGAGAAGCAUGCCACCAAGCUGUCAAUAAAAGAUGAGCUUUAGCAGUGCCACUGUGGACUUGGAAAAACUGGGGGAAUCGAAUAGAUUUCUGCUUUAGUAUUGGUUGGAAUGUUUAUGGUAGGGUCAAUUGAGGGAGUGGGGAAAUUACAAAUUGCUGCAAUUUCUGUGCAGUCUUAUUUCCUGUACUGGGCCUUUGGUCAAAAAUCGGUCUGUUCUCCGUGGUAUUUUGUUUGCAGCAUUAUUUGGUCAGUUAUGCUUAUUGUUGCAAUUAUUUGAUUGUUUAACACUGCAACGUCCAACUUGGAUGUAUGAACUCAAGAUUGAGGUGAAACAGUUGUAAAGAACUGCAUUCAAAAAGUGCUUCUGCAAAUAAACAUUUUUAUUUAA